AUGAUUUUCGAAGAAGACAGAGCCUCAGAGCACCGCCACAGCCGCAGCGGGAACGACGCGGAGGGCCUCAGGGCCAAAAAGGCGGCGCUGCAGUACUUCCUGAACAAGGCGCCCCCGGGGGCCCUGGGGGAGGUCAUGGAGACCUGUGAGCUGCUGCUCGACACUGCUUCUGUGUCCAGCCGGUUUAUGGUGGAGACCCUCGAGCAGUCUGCUGCGCUGCAGCGGCAGCUGCUUUCUUUUUCUUUGAAUUCUUUUUCUUACGAGGAGCUAGAGGUGGCGCAUUUGAGUGCUGCAGGUUCAGAGUACUUUCCUGCUACUGUUGAGCAGUACAGAGAGGCCCUCGAAGAUGAACUUUUGAAGUACGCGCAGCAGCGCUUUGCUGCUGGCGGUUUGCUGCUGCUGCAGCAGCAGCAGCAGCAGCAGCAGCAGCAGCAGCAGCAGCAGCGGGCGCGGGCCAGCGCCUGCGUGUUUUCGCACUUGGGGCAAAAGGAUGAAGUGGAGUCUUCUGAAGAGGAGAAAGAAAGAAAAGAAAUGAAAGAAAAAGAAGAAAAAGAAAAAGAAAUUAAAAAUAAAAAGAAAUUCAAACUGACGGCAGUGGUGGCGGCCUGGGCGAAGAACCCGGCGGGCUUUUGGUGCUGCUCCUGGACGAGCGAGUGGGAAAUUUCUUUUUCUCUUUUUACGCCAAGCGAAGACUCCGUUUCGAUUGAAGGAGAGUCUGCGGUGCGCGUACACCUCAAUGAAGACGCUUCUGCCCACCUCAGCUUCACCCGGACCUUCCCAGCAGCAGCAGCAGCAGCAGCAGCAGCAGCAGCAGCAACAGCAGCACCUGCUGCUGCUGCUGCUGCUGCUGCUGCUGCUGCUGCUGCUGCUGCUGCUGGCAGCCCCGAAGACUUCGCGCGGGAAGUGGUGAAGGGAAUAGCAGCAAAUGAAAAUUUGCUGUCGGAGGAAAUUCAAAAGUUUGUGGACCUCAAGGCAGCAGCUCCAUCUGCAGCAGCAAACCAGCAGCAGCAGCAGCAGCAGCAGCAGCAGCAGCAGCAGCAGCAGCAGCAAAGGCUUCAGCUAGGGCAACGAUUUAGCAGCAGCAGCAACGGCUGCAACGGCAGCAGCAGCAGCAGAAGCAGCAGCAACAGCAUUAGCAGAAACAACAGCAGCAACAACAGCAGCAACAACGCCAGCAACAACAGCAGCAGCAGCAACAGCAGCAGCAGCAACAGCAGCAGCAGCAACAGCAGCAGCAGCAACAGCAGCAGCAGCAACAGCAGCAGCAAACACUUCAACUAG